AUGGCGGCGACUUCCGUAGAUGCUCUCGGGGCAUUUACUCACCUCCAAACAAAUCUACCCUUAUGGGUGACCCGUAUCUCUGAGCUUGCUGCGCAUACUGCUAGAAGACACGAGGAAUAUACUCAAGCCUACCGUCAACACGCUACAAACAAACCUCGUCGUCGAAAGAACAGCUCCGUACGCUCAAUUCACACCGAUGUGGUCCCGAUCGCCCAGCGCAAAACUCCCAACCCGGAACCUACUACGGUCACCCCCAGUACCGAGAAGACUGCCACUGAGAAUACCACCAUCGCAACUGAAGGCUCUAGGGAUGCGUCGGCUUCCAAUCAGCAGGCUAGACGCAAGCGCGGUCCGGACGAGUCCUCAAAUGAUCCCACUGAACCCUAUGCUUUUGUCAGCACCCGCCACAAUGUCAUUAUCGAAUACGAUGGCCAUACACAAAAGACGCUACAGGAAAUGGUGAAGGAUAUCGGCAUUGCUCGGAACAAUAUUCGCCGCGGCAGGAUGUCGCUGAUGCCCCGUGCAAACUUGCGCUCAAGUCUGCUGAGUCGAACUGCGAACUACACCAACAGACAAACAGAAUCUGAGGAAUCUCCAUUGUCUAUCCUAUCAACAGUUCGCAGCACCCGCAACGGUGCUAGUCUUGUCGGUAUAUCAGGGUCUAUGGGAAUGCGAAAGGAUUCAACCUUUGACUACGCAGACAAACAGCUGGAGCUAGCGCAUGGACUCUGUGAAACGGCCGCUUUCCAGGUCCUUCGAUCUGGAGACUGUGGUACUGAGCUCGAUGGUGUGGAAGAAAAGUUCAAGAUGCUGCUUGAGGUGACCCACAACGAGGUUACUCGUCUUUUGGAAGAGAAGAAGAAGCAGGAGGAACAAGCCAAAGAGCAAAAGGAGAAGGAAACUGAACAAGAGAAUGUGAAACCACCUCUGGAGCCGACUACAGUACCCCUCGCUAAAUUAGCCGCCAUUACCAGCAAGCCAUCAGUCACGGGUAGUGGUGCCAUUGAAGUCGACGAUGGAUCCUCUAUAUCAGCCGAGUCUCUCGACCUAUCUGCAUUUCGAUCAUCAAGAAUUCGAGUAUAA